GUGGAGAGGGAGACUACCAUGGAUGGCAUCAUUGAACAGAAGAACGUGCUGGUGCAUAGUAAGAUCAGUGAUGCUGGCAAGAGGAAUGGCCUGAUUAACACCAGAAACUUCAUGGCUGAGAGCAGAGAUGGCCUGGUGUCUGUUUACCCAGCACCCCAGUACCAGAGCCACCGAGUGAUGGCCAGUGCGACACCGACCAGCCUGGAUGCCGGCAGGAAGGAGCCUGUGCAGCAGCUGCUGGACCCCAACACCCUGCAGCAGUCGAUGGAAUCCCACUAUCGUCCCAACAUCAUCCUCUAUUCCGAGGGAGUGCUUCGCUCCUGGGGAGAUGGUGUGGCUGCCGACUGCUGCGAGACCACCUUCAUUGAGGACCGGUCACCGACCAAAGACAGCCUGGAAUAUCCUGAUGGGAAGUUCAUCGAUCUUUCGGCAGAUGACAUUAAAAUCCACACCCUGUCCUAUGAUGUGGAGGAGGAGGAGGAGUUACAGGAGUUGGAGAGUGACUACUCAAGUGACACUGAGAGUGAAGACAACUUCCUCAUGAUGCCACCUCGAGACCACCUGGGACUCAGUGUCUUCUCCAUGCUCUGCUGCUUCUGGCCUUUGGGUAUCGCAGCCUUCUACUUGUCCCAUGAGACUAACAAAGCCGUGGCCAAAGGGGACUUCCAUCAGGCCAGCACCAGUUCCCGGAGGGCCCUGUUCCUGGCUGUGCUGUCCAUCACCAUCGGAACUGGCAUCUACGUGGGUGUGGCUGUUGCCCUCAUCGCCUACCUCUCCAAGAACAACCAUCUAUGA